CGCGCACACGUGUUCGUGACAGCAGCGGGCAGCAGUGGCAGGACGAGGGCGACAGUGAAGGCGGCGUCACGCUCGACCGCGUCUGGAGUCCGGAGUCAAGUGUGGGGGGAGCCCCCCUCUCUCUCUAUCACUCCCUCUCGCCUGCAGUAGGAGACGCAACGACGCUCCGGGUUGUGCUUGCGGGUGAAGUCUGCACGUUCCCGCGGCGAGCAUCGCAGCGCGCUCAAAAAGACAAGUCACAACUUGGUGUUGCCUGCUGAUUACACCAGUGGAGCAAGGAUGGCGCAGUGGGCACAGCUGCAGCAGCUGGACACCAAGUUUCUGGAACAAGUGGAUGAGCUUUACAAUGACAGCUUUCCCAUGGAGGUCCGCCAGUUCCUCGCUCACUGGAUUGAGAGCCAUGACUGGAACCACGCAUCCAACAAUGUUUCCCAGGCCACGCUGCUGUUCCACAACCUGCUCACUCAACUGGACGACCAGUACAGCCGCUUCACGCAGGAGAACAACUUCCUAUUGCAACACAAUUUGCGCAAAAUUAAGCAGAAUCUGCAGGCGCACUAUUUGGAGGACCCACUCCAGAUGGCUCUCAUCAUCUCCAAUUGCCUGGCAGAGGAGUUGAAGAUCUUGAGCAGUGCCCGCAACAUUGAGCAAAUGGGUGGCAUGGUGAGGCAUGAACAUAUGGAAAUUCCCAGCAAGGUGAAGCACCUGGAGAGCAACAUGAACGAGAUGCGCAAGCGUGUGCAGACUAUGGAGCAGGAGAUCAAGAACCUUGAAGACUUUCAGGAUGACUUUGAUUUCAAGUUUAAGACCAUGCAAAAUGGAGAGACCAUGGACGUCAACGGACACCGCAAUCAGGAAAUGAAGCAGCUGCAGCAGAUCUUGGUGGACCUGGACCAGCGCAGACAGCGUUUCCUGAAGAGCACGGGCGAGCUGCUGGGCCUCAUGGAGUCGCUGCACAUUGCCGUGCUCAACGAUGAACUGAAGGAGUGGAAACAACGCCAGCAGAUCGCCUGCAUUGGCGGUCCUCCCAACACCUGCCUGGAUCAAUUGCAGAGCUGGUGUACCUCCCUGUCAGAGGGCCUGCUGCAGGUGCGGCAGCACCUCAAAAAGUUGGACGAGCUGCAGCAGAAGGUGUCUUACAGCGGAGACCCCAUCCCCGCCAUGCGGCCCGUGCUGGAAGAGAAGACCAACGAGCUCUUCAUCUCGCUCGUCAAGAGCUCUUUUGUGGUGGAGCGCCAGCCGUGCAUGCCGACUCACCCACAGCGGCCACUUGUGCUCAAGACGGGAGUGCAGUUCACCGUGAAGCUGCGGUUGCUGGUCAAGCUUGUGGAGCUCAACUACCAGCUCAAGGUGAAGGCCGUCAUCGACAGGGACGUGGACAGGCCUCCGAUUAAAGGCUGCCGGAAGUUUAACAUCCUCGGCACAAACACCAAAGUGAUGAACAUGGAGGAGUCCAACAAUGGCAGCCUGUCUGUGGAAUUCCGACACCUGCAGCUGAAGGAACAGAAGUCUUCGGCUGGUGGUCGCACCAAUGAGGCUCCUCUGAUCGUGACUGAAGAGCUGCACACAUUCACCUUUGAGACACAGACGUUCCACCAGGGUCUUAAGAUCGAGCUGGAGACAUGCUCGCUGCCAGUGGUGGUCAUCUCUAAUGUGAGCCAGCUGCCUUCGGGAUGGGCAUCCGUCCUCUGGUACAACAUGCUCACCAAUGACCCCAAGAACGUGAGCUUCUUCACGAGCCCCCCACCUGCGAUGUGGAGCCAACUCUCCGAGGUGCUGAGUUGGCAGUUCUCGUCCUGCACGAAACGAGGGCUCAACGCAGAGCAGCUGUCAACGCUGGCAGAGAAACUUCUCGGCCCACGUGUCAACUACUGCGAGUGCCACAUUCCUUGGGCCAAGUUCUGCAAGGAGAAUCUGCCAGACAAGCCUUUCUCGUUCUGGCUGUGGUUGGAUGGCAUCCUGGAGCUCGUGAAAAAGCAUCUCAUUACGCUGUGGAAUGACGGCUGCAUCAUGGGCUUCAUCAGCAAGGACAGGGAGCGCCAGCUGCUGAAGCAGAAGUCCCCGGGCACCUUCCUGCUACGUUUCAGCGAGAGCAGCAAAGACGGUGGCAUCACCUUCACCUGGGUGGAGCAGAGCAGAGACGGCGAUAAGCCCAUCAACUCGGUGGAGCCCUACACCAAGCAGCAGCUGUCUGCGGUGUCGUUUCCUGACAUCAUUCGCACGUACAAGGUGAUGGCUGAGCAAAAUAUUCCCACAAACCCACUCCAGUACCUGUACCCGGACGUGCCCAAGGACCAAGCGUUUGGGAAGUACUACGCUCCACCAACAGUUCCUCCUGAGCCAAUGGAAAUCGGCCCGAAGGAACCUGGUUACAUCAAAACCCAGUUCAUAUCUGUGUCAACGCAGCCAAACAGCUCCCCUCCGUCCUCAAGCAACAUGAUCUCUCAGCCACAAAAUCACGCGACUUCUCCACACUCGAGCUGUAUAGGCUCGCCUCACUCUGCACACAUACCUUCCCCUCACUCAGUUCACAUGACCCCCCAGCAUCCAGGUCAAGUGAUGUCGCCACACUCAGGGCAGCUGGCACAUCCGCAUGAAGUCUUCACCAUGUCUUCGCCCGAGUAUGAGAUCAACAGUGGGCAUGCCGAAUUGCCCAACAGUGGCAUUGGUUACUCGAGCAGCAUGCAGGGCCAAUCGUUGUACAGCCCGUUCUACGGACAGACGUGCUCAACGUUCCCGGCAUCGCACAUGUACCAGAACAACUGAGCCACAACACAAGAUGCCUCUGGAAGAAAGGAAGACCUGGAUGGGGAGGAGACGUUUGAGCAGAGAAUGAUGAAGUGUGAGGACAGAUCUGGCUAUUAGGCAUAUUUUGUUCAUUUAUGAUUUAUGCAUGCCCAAUAACCUACUCAUUGCUUAACGACUACCCUCUUUCAACACUCACCCUCACAUCAUUGCACUACCACAGACAGAUAAUUAAUUCCCUUCAGUUUCAGAUCUACAUUUUGUCUCCGAGGUGAGGUGGGAAACCAGAGUUAGUGACCAUGUGACAGCAGCUAGACUGGAGCGAGCACAUGUUCAGUCAAACCCAGAAGCCUCACAUAUGAUGCAAGGCUUGUGGCAGCAAGAAGCAGGUGUCCCCUUCUUCAGGAUAUGUGGAGCCCUUCACACUGCUGGGUCAGAGUGCUGAUUCCUUUUUUGAGCUGUACAUGGGUAAUCCGUAUGGCAUUCUUGCCAAUUAAUCUGAGUUUUCAAUUGAAGUAGGAAACCUAUUAAUCUAGGAAGGUGUUGCUCUUCUAAUAAUUUGCAAUUGAUUCCAGGAUGAGCAUGUGAUGAGCAUAGGUGACUGUCCAAGGUUAGAAUGUAAAUGCUGAUAGAGGUGACUGGGAGUUGCACAUUUUUUUGCUUUUUAAAAAAGAUUUUUAAAGAGUACACUUAAGGAUUUUUUGUUUGAUCUUCUUUUAUUAACUCGCUAUAAUUUGUCAAUAUAGAAAUUCGGUAAUGUAAGUUUGUCCAAAAACAAUGCCUUGUUCAAUGUAGCACAUUCAGACAACCUGGAUGAAUGCACAUGAUUUUUGUCGUUUUCGUGUUUUGCAUGUUAUGCCUUCCAAAACCAUCUUCAAGUAACGGCAUUAUUUGGCUUGCUAGUUGCAGAAUGUUACUUGUAUGCAGUGUAAAGGAUUCCUCAACACCUUAAUUAUCUUCGUGAUAACAUACUUGCCUUACCAAAAUAUGCUGUUUUAAUCCACGAUAAUGUAGGUGGGGUGGGUGGAUGGCCAUAUGCAUCAUCAUGUUCAUGAGAUACCAAACCUAAGGUAUUACAGCAAGUGCUUUGGAUGGUUUUUUAUGUUAGCUCCAAUUGUAGCUUGGUGGGAUUUUCCAGGUUAUUUUCUUCCAGGCAUGGAAACAUUCGAUUUUGGAAUUAUCCAAACACUGCAAGCAGAACCAUCAUGCUUUGAUAAUAAAGAUUUUCUGGAUCAAGGGAUAUUUUGGAAAUACUUGGAUACAACAAACGCUUACUUUCUUCCUUCCACCUUUUAUUUUCCAAGCUGUGAGUUCCUAAAAGUAUUAUUUGAAUAUGCCUCAAAGAUUAUUUUCAUUUCCCCCCAUAUUGUACAGUACGUGGUUUUAUAUUAGCUUUUUUAAAAAAUAUUGUUUUACUUUUACUCCCUUGAUGAAUGUGAAUAAUGAGCGUGCUCCUUGCUAAAGUAUACAUUUUGAAGUAGCAGAGGAUGACACCUGUAUUGAACCUGUUCAUGUCUGCUUCAGGAUGGGGACAAAGGUGGCUCGUGUGACAGCCCUGCAUGGCUUCUGCGUGCCUAUGCUGCUGUUUGCAAUGGGGGGGAAGGGGGGUUUGCCACAUCGUAAGAAAUUUGAGAUUUCCUAAGAAAUGUUUAGUUAAUUUUACAGUAAAGGUACUUUGUGAUUUUCUUUAAUGACCAGAGUUAAUAAAAACAUUCACUGCUUUUAACUUCACAAUCGGUGAAGGAGUAACGCCUUUAUGCAAUGUAAGCAAGCGAGCAAUGGUUUAAGUGGCCUAUUGUAUAAAUAAGAAAUGUUUGUGUGUCCUGCAAGUAUAAGCAGUUCCCUGGGUUUUUUUUAGGAAUAAUGAUAAGUGGAGCAAUCCCUAAGCAUCCCGUUCCUUUGGUGGGGUGGGGGAGAAAUCUUAAAUGUAUUUUCUCGUAACCAGCUGUGUGGUGAAAUGAAGCUCAAGAUGGGAUUGUAUAGGUGCUUAUGCACACACCGUGUAACAUUAGUUCUGCCUGGCAGGACAAAACGGUCUCGGAAGAAGUAAUUAAUGGUGACAAAAAAAAUGUGUAGAUAAAAGCCAUAGAUGUUGUAAGACGUGUCUUUGUAUCGCAAUGUAAUCGAUUCUCCUCUGUAUAAGAUUAUUUGUGGAUUCACUUAUCUUCUUAUUUCUUAAACUUUUAACGUUUUUGACGUGUCUUUUUGUCAUGUCCAUGUAGAUUAGACAAAGCAUGUAGUGUUCAGAUUACCAUAUAUAUUGCAACUAUAAAUUUUGAAUGUAUUUACCAGCAGUAAAGAAAAAACUUGCUUGGAGUGCAUCUUAAAUGCUUCAAAGAUUAGAAUGUAAGCAAGGAUUGGAACACCCAGUGUGCUAUAUGGAUGCAGUACAGCAGUAACAGGAUUGUUCAGACAAUGUACUUACAGCUUAAACACGUAUAUUGACUACAUAUUCCUCAAUGUAACCGGGUUAUGAUAAUGCCAUCCACAGCAAUACCUCUAGUGGUUUGCUCUAGAUAUCACUGGAUGUCACAGUAAUAUAUAUUUGCUUUGAUGUAACAUAUAUUGCCUUUAUUAGGGCUUGUGCAACUCCGUCCUGCUGUCCGGCAUGCUGUUUAUUUCGUACUUUAUAUAAAAAAAACCCAUCUGUAUCCAAAAUUAUCUGUUACAUUCAAAAACAAUGGAUAUUGCAGUAUUCGCACACAUACACGUGUAAUUUCUUGUAAUGUGGGUAGACCGGCAAACCUAACAACGAUAUCUGAACUGGUGCUCCGUGUCCCUCUCUUCAACUAACCCCACUGACCAUUGCAGUGAAGUAUAGUAGAAAUAAGGAAGCCAUGAUAGACACGGUGUGGUGAAAGCAUGUAUCCAACAGAGCACGGACAAGGGCUGUGGUUGUAACAUGAAUGUCAUACACUAUCGAUAAUCUACAUCUCAUUACGGAUAAACUACAGUGCCCAUUGGUAUUUACAUGUAUUGUAUGUUCGUGAGUUUAAAUGCUAAGGCCUUUGGGCCUCAGUUGAGGUGUUAUCCAAUUUUUUCUCCAUUGCUGCCUUUUACUUGUAGCAUGAGUUGUCUGAUCAGAGUUAUUUGUAAUAUAUAUACAUUGCCAUUUAAGCUGGUAAAUAACAGAUUUGGUGUAAUUUUGGGCCAAUUUGGUUUUUUUUUAAGUUGCCAUUUUUUUCUCAACAUUUUUUUUCCAACACGAUUACUUUCAGGUGGGCUUCCCGUCAAUCGCAACAGUAACACGGUUAUUCACUGUAGAAUUGUAUAAAUCCAAGGUCUCUUUUAAAUAUUAAUUGUACUAAAGUGUGUACAUGAGCAUUUAACUGCCACGUGUGUGCCCUUAUAAUGAGAGCAAUGUUAAUGCACAGAGUAGCAAAUUUACAAUUCAGUUUUUCUAGUUCUCGUUCAACAUUAUCAUGCCCAUGCUUGCGGAUGGCAGAUAAGUGGCCACAACUAUAACCACGCAUGGCGGUUAUGAUUGCCCUGGGUUGUAUUUUCACAGAUGAUUGGAUUCGGGUUAAAAUGAGAAGCGGUUGGAUAAUUUCUGACGCGCAUUCACAAGACAGCCAAAACAAACAUGACCUUUCAAGUAAAACCACCCUUUGCACCGCUUUUAUGUGGCUUGAUUUGUUGCUUUUAUUUCAUUUAAUAAAAAAAAUGAAAUUAACUCUUGUAGUACUGGUGUAAUAUAUUCUACAAAUUAGAUUUCUUUCUGAGAGUAUAUCAGGUAUUUAAUGUGUACGUCAUUCUCAACAAAUACCUAAGCCAGUGCUCUCCGGUUUCCUGGAUGAAAAGUCGGCAACGUCUUUGCCCAAUCCUGGCCAGCUGGCUGACAAGUUUGCGAAUGAAAUGGACACAUGCUCAUUUGCAAUGCACUUUCCAAAAGGUUGAUCAUCUGUGCAUACAUAGUUUGUCCAUAGUUCAACAUGGAUAUCUUCAUACAAUAAAUAUUGUCACAAGUUAACCUCGGUUAAGGGAGUUAAAUGAACAGUUUCGAAGGACGUUCUGGAAUUUGGUGUUGCUAUCAUUGGUGACAGUGGACAAUACGUUAAAUGCAAAAGCAGCGGAAUCUGAAAUUGCUAUCACUCGACUGCACCGGUGCACACAUUGGUCGUAGGUUGUGAGUGCUGCUCUCGUUAGACAUUAACCCUGGCAAGAGUGCACAAUAUUUUAUUUUAUUA